AUGUCGGCUGCCGAUUGUCGUUCGCUGAAGCCAAUGGAGAAUGAUGGCUUUCAAGUCGUCACCGAAGUCGUCACCCACAAGCUCAACCAUAUUCCCAUCUUCAAAGGUGACUUCGCUUCGCUUCCACCAAAGGUUCAGCGAUUCGUCGCCGAGAAGGCCGAACUCAUGAAUCCGGCGGGAAUCUACAUCUGCGAUGGAUCGCAGAAGGAAUACGACGACAUCGUCGACAAACUUGUUGAGCGCGGUGUUCUCACCCCAUUGACCGCUUAUGAGAACAACUAUCUGUGCCGCACCGAUCCGCGCGAUGUGGCUCGUGUUGAGAGCAAGACGUGGAUGGUCACCAAGGACAAAUAUGACUCGGUGUGUCAUACGCCCGAAGGAGUCCGCCCAAUCAUGGGACAAUGGAUGAGCGAGGAGCAGUUCGCCGUCGAGCUCGACGCCCGCUUCCCAGGGUGUAUGGCCGGUCGUCCGAUGUACGUCGUGCCGUUCUCGAUGGGACCAAUCGGUGGACCAUUGUCGAAGAUUGGAAUCGAGUUGACCGACUCGAGCUACGUUGUGCUUUGCAUGAAGAUCAUGACUCGCAUGGGAAAGAAGGUGCUCGACGCUCUCGGCGAUCAGGACUUUGUCCGAUGCAUCCACUCCGUCGGACUUCCGAGACCAGUCAAGCAAAAGGUCAUCAACCACUGGCCAUGCAAUCCCGAGAAGGUCAUGAUUGCUCAUCGACCAAAGGAGCGUGAGAUCUGGUCGUUCGGAUCGGGAUAUGGUGGAAACUCGCUUCUCGGAAAGAAGUGCUUCGCCCUUCGCAUUGCUUGCAACAUCGGACACGAUGAGGGAUGGCUCGCCGAGCACAUGCUUAUCAUGGGCAUCACAAACCCGGAAGGCGUUGAGCGUUUCGUCGCCGCCGCUUUCCCAUCGGCUUGCGGAAAAACCAAUUUGGCGAUGCUUACGCCAACACUUCCCGGAUGGAAGGUUCGCGUCGUCGGCGAUGACAUCGCCUGGAUGAAGUUCGGCGAUGACGGACGAUUGUACGCCAUCAAUCCCGAAGCCGGCUUCUUCGGCGUCGCGCCGGGAACGUCGACGAAGACGAACGCGAUGGCGAUGGCUUCGUUCCAGAAGAACUCGAUCUUCACCAAUGUCGCCGAGACCGCCGACGGCGAAUACUUCUGGGAAGGACUUGAGAAGGAGCUCAAGGAGAGAAAGGGAUACAGCGAUGAGCAAUUGAGAAACCUUGAGAUCACCAAUUGGCUCGGCGAGAGAUGGCACAUCGGAGAUGAAGGAAAAGCUGCUCAUCCCAACUCGCGCUUCACUGCUCCAGCCGAGCAAUGCCCGAUCAUCCAUCCCGACUGGGAGGCGCCACAAGGUGUCCCAAUCGACGCCAUCGUCUUCGGAGGACGUCGUCCAGAAGGCGUUCCGCUCGUGUUCGAAUCGUUCUCAUGGGAGCACGGAUGUUUGGUCGGAGCCCUCGUCAAGUCCGAGGCCACCGCGGCCGCUGAGCACACCGGCAAACAGGUGAUGCACGACCCGAUGGCGAUGCGUCCAUUCAUGGGAUACAACUACGGAAAGUAUUUGGAGCAUUGGCUUAAGCUCGGAACUGACCAGAAGCACAAGGCUCCGAAGAUCUUCCAUGUCAACUGGUUCCGCGAGACGAGAGACCACAAGUUCUUGUGGCCAGGAUUCGGCGACAACAUUCGUGUGCUCGACUGGAUUCUUCGUCGCGCUUCCGGCGAAGAGGGUAUCGCCACCGAGACCGCCAUCGGAUACGUGCCGACACGCGGAUCAAUCAACCUCGACGGCCUUCCGCGCAUCAAUUGGACCGAGCUCAUGAGCAUUCCAAAGACCUACUGGGAAGAGGAUGUCGAUGAGAGCAAGCAUUUCCUCGAAUCGCAAGUCGGCUCCGAUCUUCCAGCGCCGAUUCGCGAGGAGCUCGAGAAGCUUGAGAAGCGCAUUCACAGUCUUUAA